AAUUGGCACAAUUUAAGCUUGCUGCGUAAAACAAGUGCUAAUUACUUAAGUAAUUUUUAGCACUAAGUCUAAGUCUUAGAUUAGACAUUGCCUAUAAACCACGGUGUCAAAAAUCUAUCUUAAUUUAUUUUUUCUUAUUUUUCCUAAAGACCAUGUCCAUCCUACAGCGCCGGCUUAUCGUUGAAUUUUAGGACAGUAUCUAUAAAUGCUGAUGCAUGCUUCUCUGCUCUCAAGUCCUAUUGGAAAUUAUCUUGAUUAGAGAUUAGAUUAGAAAGCGAUCAAACACCAUGUCUUCGCAGUACCUAAUAGCGUGGCUUUUCGACAGUCUCUACAACUUUCUUUAAUAAUAACUAGGUAAGCUUAAAUAAAUGAAAACUCUUUCAAAAAUAAUCAUCAUUACAUAUUGAAUAUGAGUUUAAGUGCCUAUACAACUAACGGCCCGUUUAGUUCUACAACCUACGUCAUAAUCGGUUUGGACUUUGGAUCACAAUCGAAAAGGUAAAUAAGCCUACCUGAAUGAUUCAUCAUCAUCAUCUCAGUCAUAGGACAUUCUGAAUGAUUAAAAGGCGUCAAAUAUUUGUUUGGAUUUUUUAAGUAAAAAGGGAAUAUUGUAAGUACCGUCCGUGUUCACAAGGUGUCAUGGGACUCCCCAUCCCCACAAAAGAGUAAAGGUAAGUUAACCACUAAAAACCAGACGGGUGUAAGUACUCCGAGUCAUUACUAAUAUUACGAGUCACCUAGGCGCGUCAAUCCUAAUAUGGUCAGUCUCAUCCUGCCUAACAUUUAAAAUUUAAAUCAUGAUUUAGGUCAAUAUACAUCACAUCGAAAUAUGCUACAGGUACAAAAAAAGUUUAAAAGAACAUUGUGAACUCUGAACAUAAAAAAAAAACAAAAUUUUGACAAUAAUUUAAGAGCUUAUUUGAUUUUCACUCAUUAUUCUGGGUAAUCCCAUAAUUUAUGGGAUUGCGGUUUGUUUCUAACCAUUGAAUGAAUGAACCACCAACGUAUACAUGUGACGUAUACGUUAAACGCAGCUUAAUAUGAAUCACUUUGUUUUAAUAUAAAAGCAACUGUAAAGCGAAUUAUUGCAUUGGUAAACCAACUGUCAAUCAAAUGCACUACAAUAGUGCUUAUUAACAGUUAGUAAACCAAGUUUGCAAUAGUUACUUUUUAGUAAUUUGUGAAUCGGGCUAUCAAAAUGUAUCUUAAUUUGUUAGUGUUUGUGACUGGGAUUAUCUCAAUUAUGGGACGCCCGACCGAAGAAGAUAAUGAUAUAAACUCAUCUGGCAGCUCAAAUCCAAUACUUCAAUGGCCGCUAGAAAGUAACACGUUUUUGUUUCCGACGAUAUUGAACUCCAACGAUGUUAUAAACAUCACCGUUUUAAAUAAUUGUAAUAGUUUUGGAAUAAGUUUUAUGGGAGAUUAUGACGGUUCAACAGAUAAAGCCAUAUUUUCAUUGAAAAUAAAUAUGGAAUCCAGAUAUGUUACCGUCUACGACGAAUAUAAUGUACUACUUGUUGAAGAGGACAUUUAUCACUUCUUUCAUAACGGCGAAGAAAACUUAAUUAACAUGCGGCUCAAAAGAAGAUUAAAUGCCGACACUGCGGAAAAUAACAUAUUAGAAAUUAGCACGAAUUCAAUUCAGCGUACAUUCGUCGUUAACAAAAUCGAUAAAAUAAGAUACUUUCAGUUCAGUGACAAAAAUGUGAAAGUUAUUAAUUUGGAUUUUAAAUUUGCUUAAGUACCUAGGUAUAAUAUAGCAAUCGAUCUCAGAUAGGUGAAUUGUUAUUAUUUAUUUAU